GGACUAUUUUAAUACUUUGGGUGUGGAAUGUGCAGUUGUCACUGAAGAACACAGAGGGCACAGAUUAGUCUACAAGUUUCUCAACUACCCAGUCGCCGGAUUUAGCUUCUCUCUACCACUCUCAUUUAUUCACCACCGUUCACCAGCAUCUCAGGAGGCAGUGCAGCUACCAUGGAGAACGUGGCAAUAUUUGACUCACCUGGAAAAGGGAGGGGUCUGAAAGCUACCAAGGAGUUCUGGGCUGGAGAUGUCAUUUUCUCAGAGCCCAGUCUUGCAGCUGUUGUGUUUGACAGUCUAGCUGAGCGUAUUUGCCACAGCUGUUUCCGCAGACAAGAGAAGCUACAGAGGUGCGGCCAGUGCAAAUUUGCUCAUUAUUGUGACCGAACCUGCCAACGUGCCGGCUGGGCCGAACACAAGCAAGAGUGUAGUGCCAUCAAAGCUUAUGGCAAAGCACCAAAUGAGAGCAUUCGUUUGGCGGCCCGCAUCAUGUGGCGCCUUGACAAGGAGGGGAGCGUGGUGUCUGACAUGCAGCUGACCACACUGGAGGAGCUAGAGGACCACGUGGCUGACAUGCAGGAGGACGAGUUGAAGGAAUUCAAAGUAGACAUCCACAACUUCUUGGACUACUGGCCCCGUAACAGCAAGCAGCACACAAUUGAUGUCAUCUCACAUAUUUUUGGUGUGGUUAACUGUAAUGGCUUCACUGUGAGCGACCAGAGGGGCCUUCAGGCAGUAGGAGUUGGUCUUUUCCCAAAUUUGUGUCUAGUGAAUCAUGACUGCUGGCCAAACUGCACUGUGAUCCUUAACCAUGGCAAUCAAUCGGCUGUGAAUACUAUGUUUCAUUCUCAACGGAGGAUUGAGCUGCGUGCUCUCGGUAAGAUCGCAGAGGGAGAGGAGCUCACAGUUGCAUAUGUGGAUUUCUUAAACUUGACAGAAGAGAGACAAAGGCUGCUGAAAACACAAUACUUCUUUGAGUGCACUUGUGAGCACUGCAAAAACCACAUGAAAGACGACUUGAAGUUGGGGGGAAGGGAAGUGGACGGAGUCAAGCCUUCAGAGGAGCAGGUGAAAGAAGCGACUGAUUACUGCUUUGAAAUGCUGGAGAAGAUGGACAAGGCUCGAUUAAAUGCUGACUACCAUGAGGUGGUAAAGAUCUGCAGGGAAUGCAUAGAGAAAACAGAGCCAGUUUUGGCUGACACUCACAUCUACCUGCUGAGGAUGUGGAGCACACUAAGUGAGGUGCAAGCUUACCUGCAGUACUUUAACGACGCUGCUGAAUACGCCCGCAAAAUGGUGGAUGGAUACAUGAAACUGUACCAUUCCAACAAUGCAGCUCUUGGUAUGGCUGCUAUGCGAGCAGGAGUGACUCACUGGCAAGCUGGGGAGAUAGAGAUUGGCCACGGGAUGAUUUGCAAGGCCUAUGCCAUUCUCAUGGUCACCCAUGGCCCAACACAUCCCAUAACCAAGGACCUGGAGGCGAUGCGUAUGCAAACGGAGAUGGAGCUGAGGAUGUUCAAGCAAAAUGAAUACGUUUACCAAAGUAUGAGAGACGCUGCUCUGAAGAACAAACCGAUGACCAUGAUGCAUGAACCCAAGUCUAUGGAGGAAGGAAUCAAGAACCUCUUCCACCGGAAGAAAUAAUGACACAAGGACUGCAGUCAUUAAACAAAUCAAGAAAGUCAUUCAUUUGUUUACCGUCAGUUUUCUGUGUUGGUGUGUCAGCCUCCUCAUUUAGUCACCUGAUUUUUUUUUUUUUUUUGUAGUUACACUUUUAAUUAAAAAGAUGUCAAACUGAACUUUCACACUGAGCAUUUCAUUUUAAGUACUGCAACCCAGUGGAACUACAGAAAAAUCAUGAAAGACAUCUCUUUGUUUUCAAGUUUACCAACUUGGUGAACAGAGAACUACAGUGGAUCCCCUCCAGCCCAAGGGAAUUAAAAUGCCAGCAAUUAAACGAGUAAUGAAACAGGCUACAAAUAUGCAAAGUGUUUUGCAUUUUCCAUUGGGCUGAUAGCUGAAAGAUUGCAUACUGGAACCAGCCUUUUAAAAUACAACCACACCAACUUCCUGGUGCCACCACUAUCGGACUCAAUAGCUGCCAAAUUAUGUGGUUGUAGUCAAGUGCAGUGUUAAGAGUUUAGUGACUC